CUGGCACCAGCCUCCAGGUGGCCCCUGCCGCCCUAGCCUGCCUAGGCACUUGCGUGCUUAGAAGUUAGAAGUGUGGCUUCGGAAUGGUAGUGCUGUGGCGCCCCUUCACUGCUUCAGCGUUCGAUACAUUCUUAGGAGCCUCCGCUACAUGUGACUAAAGAUUACAGGAGCAGUGCCAACAAUGGAGGCAGCAAUGCUGGGUGUCAGCUUGGGCUGCACUUACGCGUUCUCCAGAGGCGCUUCACUUGGGCAGGCAUCUACUCUGUUGGCCCCAAACAGGCCUGGUGGAUUGCGUGGUCAACCGUUCAGCAUUCAACAGAAUCUCUUAAGUGAAGGGCUAGGCAGGCACCAUAGGCACUUACCUACAGUGGUCGUUCCUGGCAACAUUCGCUGUUCAACUGGUGGCCAGCAUACGGCUGUCGCGGGAGAAAGAGCUGGGGCAACGUUAUUAUCGCAGGAAUGGUCGCAGAACGUUGAUGCACUUGGGGAUGCAGGUCUAUCGUCCCCUGGCGAAGACAUUCUCAAAAGUUUACCCCCCGUGACAAAUGUGGGCGACCUACGUGAGGCCGCACGGUUGUUCGCCGAGGGAAAGUUUGAUGGGUUGCUCCCAACCAAACCAGGGGCCAUUCCAGCCAAAGUCAAGAGGUCCGGCGCUCCGUACCCAAAGGCAAAGCCUGCCGGCCCUGCCAAAGAUGGUGCAACGGAGAAGGGCGCCCGAGACUACACAAAAAGGAACAGCCGGAUCUCGUCAAAUGAUGAGGGGGUGGUGCAGUCUGGGGAGAAAGAAUCUAAGGUCGAGGACGCAAUCAGAGACGGCCCGAGCGGGGCAGCUCCGGCGAACACUGUGCUUGACUGUCAGCACUUCGAAAGGUGUUCUGGCUGUGUCCUAGACAUCGGUCUUGACAAGCCCCCUGUCCUAACCGAUGCUACUCGGUUCUUCGGGCGGCAUGGAGUGCGGGAGUUUCAGCUCGACACUGGGGACAUUUGGGGGUGGCGGUGUCGCGCCCGGCUGGCUGUCCGGGGCACGGUCGGAAACCCGCAGAUUGGGCUGUAUCAGGAGGGCAGUCACGCAGUCACGGACAUACCAAACUGCCGGGCCCACCACCCGGCCAUCAACGCGGCGGUCGACCUCGUGAAAGACGUCAUGGUCAAGCUCCAGAUUAUGCCGUACGACGAGGAGACGGGCGAGGGCGAGUUGCGGUACAUCCAGGCGGUGGUGACGACCCAGCACGACACGGCCAUUCCCGUCGGCGAACGCUAUCCGCGCGCCAAGGUCCAGCUGUCGCUCGUGUGGAACGCGUGCGACGAGAAGGCGCCGGCCGCGGAGCUGCUCCCGGAGUUUGCCGAAACGCUGUGGCGGUUCGGGGGUGGUCGUAGCCCCGAUGCGGUGCUUCACUCGGUGUGGGCCAACUACCAGACGACGCGGAGCAACAUCAUUCUCGGAAACAGGUGGCGGCACAUGCACGGAGAUCCGGAGGUGUGGGAGCGGCUUGGAGGGGUGGACCUAGCAUUUACGCCUGCGUCAUUUGGGCAGGCGAACCUUCAGAUGUUCGACCGGCUGCUGCUGAAGCUCCAGAAAGCCGUCAAGAAGGGGAGCAGUGUCACCGAGCUCUAUGCGGGAGCCGGCGCUAUUGGGCUGAGCGUGGCGGCAACCCGUCAGUGCAAGCACGUCCGGUGCGUGGAGGUGAACGCCGCCUCCAAAGCUCCCUUCCAGCAGUCGCUUGCCCGGCUGCCCGCCAGCGUGGCCACUGAGAUCAGCUGGGUCUGUGCUGAUGCAGCCGACUCCCCCUCUAAGUACUUCAAAGGCUCCGACACCAUCAUCGUGGACCCCCCCCGGAAAGGUCUGGAGCCCCCCCUCAUCGACGCCCUCUGCGCCCCCCCCCCAACUCUCGCCCCUCGCCCACCCCCCGACAGGGAGGAGAAACGGCCUUGGAUCCUCCGGGGGAGGAAAGGCACCGUACUCAGGGAGGGGCAGCCGUCCGAACAACUCGAGGAGGAAGAAAGCGCGGACAUUCUUUGGCCGGACACGCUGAUCUACGUUAGCUGCGGAUGGCAGGCGUUCAAGCGGGACUGUGAAGAUCUCGUCGAAAGCCGGCAGUGGCACCUGGAGUCAGCGUGCGGAUACCAGUUCUUUCCGGGAACGGACAGUAUGGAGGUGUUAGCCAUUUUCAAAAGGGGAAAGGCGCCCAAGCGGAGCGCCAUGCGGAAAGACAACCUGCAGAAGCAACAACCGAAAUCUGUCCUGCCGAAGGAAGGGUUUGCGAUGCGGAUGGAGAACAAGGAACGGCGAGAGCGACGGAAUGCGCGGGAAGCGCGAAAGGUAGCCAGGGGCGGAAAACGGUAGAAAGUGGGUGGUAGCAGCUCGCUUGCGAAUCAGGUACUGAGUUGUUCAAGUUGAGAGUAUUUUCAGUUUCUAGCAUUCGCUUAUGCUAGGCCUAUGGGAACGGCGAAUAGAGAUUGCUGCAAAAAGCAUAGCAGCGCAUGAACCAUAUGUCAGUCGAUUGCGCUCAAUCAAAGUCCUCAGCCAAGCCGACUAGAAACUAGGAUUGAGCGUUCUUUUCAGCAGACACCAUGUCAUUCGCUUCGCUAGAUAGACUGACAUCGAUGUAGAAUGUACCACUGGUGCCGUCAGCUUGUUGUGUGCGGUACUUCCCAUUCCUCAUAAGGAUAUCAAAGGGCUGGCUCGCAGGAGCUCUGGUGCAUACCGUUCAAGUAGCUGUGUUGCCAGUCAUGCCUCGAGCACCAAGCUUGCAC